UUUUGUUUGCCAUUUUUCUCCAGCAAACGACAAUAAUUGGGCAUGUAAUCAAAAGACAUCAAACACACCCGAUACCCCUCCAUUCAUUUUGCCACAUUCUCCCCCCACCAUCUCUGUUCCACUGUCCUUUCCCUUCAAGCAAAGACCAGCUCCCAACCACUUAAAGACUUCCGUCGAAUUCUCCUCAUAGCAAGAUCAGAACACAAAUUCGUGAUCGACCCUUUUCUCUUCCAUCUGUUGAUUGCAGAAAGAAGAGUUGAUUCAGUACUUUUCCUGGAAAAAAUUUGGGAUCUUGACCACUGGUGUGGGUUUGCUUCAAUGGUAAGAGCUGAAAUUCUAGUCAUCUUGAUCUCUUUUUCCUUCGUGAGUAUUGUUCUGAGGGAGUAGCUUAAAGGUUCAACUACUAUUUCCUCUUCUUUUCAAGCAUCUCAGCCUUUAAAGUGACCUCCGAAUGCUCUUUCCAUAUCUUGCCAUGAAUUCCUGAACCGCUCUGUCUCUGUCUCUGUCUCUGUCUCCGUCUCUCUCUCUGUCUCUCUGUAUGUCGUGAUAUCACCCAUCAAGAACCAAAGAAGCAUCAGCCCGCACACAUUUCCUCACUUCCUUUUGUGAAAUUUUUGCUUUCAUAGUUGUCCAAGUCCUUCGGUACCUCGAAACUGAAGAUAGAAAGUCUAAUACAACAGUUGAGCAUGAUGAAUUCCGUGCUCUCGAUAUCUUUCGUGGUCCGAUUCGCCACUGAAAAGUUCCAAACACAUGAAUGGACAAGCCUCUUUGCAUAAGAAUCGUACGUAUCUGUUGGGGAGCUGCAGAUCUAGUUCUACAGGGUACAGAGGUUUUCUGGGUUCUGUUCUGGCCUAAUGCUCGUGAGGGAAGCAACGUCUGCCAUGGCCGCGCUCCACCACCGUCCACACCGCCUGCUGCUCGAUAAGCAGCCUAAUUCUGUGCAUAACAAUGGGACAAGAGCUAGGGGACCCUAUGGUAACGAGGCAAAUUUCGACACCAACAUGGUGAUCAUACUCGCGGCCCUGCUGUGCGCACUGAUUUGCGCCCUCGGAUUAAAUUCGAUUGUGAGAUGCGCGCUCCGGUGUAGCAGGAGGUUCACCUUCGAGACCCCCGGUCAGACGGCUGCUAGGCUUGCUGCAACAGGACUUAAGAAGAGCGCCCUGCGCCAGAUUCCUGUCGCUGUGUACGGAGCAGGAACAAGUAUCCCGGCCACAGAUUGCCCAAUUUGCCUUGGAGAGUUCAUGGACGGCGAGAAAGUCCGGGUGCUUCCGAAGUGUCACCACGGGUUCCAUGUGAGAUGCAUCGACACCUGGCUGGUGUCGCAUUCUUCGUGCCCCACUUGCCGCCAGUCCUUACUAGAACCUCCGCCACCAGCGCCUGCGGUUUUGGAUGAGGCAGGAGCGAUGCAUCCACCAGGAGGUGCGGUGGACCUGCCCAUACCGGUUGAUGAGGUCAUCCGGUCUCAGCAAAUUAUUUUGUGGCUGUGGUGGGUCCGUCACUGGCGAUGGGAGCAACGGACCGUCACCUUUCAAUCACUCUCGUGAUUGAAGAAGAAGAGGAAGAGAAGUUGGUUC